CUGCUUAAUUUUUUGAAUCAUACUUUAAAAUGAGCUGAGAAAACGGAUGGACGGAGUGGAUGUAAGGCACAUACAUCAAGGUGGGCCACAAAGUCUGGGAUCCGCCCACCUCGGUGGAUCCCCGGAUCCGCCGAAGCGUCACCUGAAACAGGUGAACCCCUCACAUGCCGCCGUGCCGCCAUGCCAAGUUACAAAAAGAGCAGAGAAAAGAACAUAUCAGAGCGUUUUCUGUGAGUUUCCGUUUCAUUUUUCCGAAACUUACCAACAUCGUCCCUUGUAUCGUCGAUAUCUAAAAUGACAGUCUUUCUCUAUCUGUCUGAAGAAGAGUAAAAAGACUAGGGUUUUGGAAAAACCCUACAACUCUCCAUCCAUGGGAGAGUUAGAUUCCCGUCUCUCUUUUCUCCCUCGCAGAUCUCGUCUCAAGAGCACCACCUUCAGAACUCUCCUUCGAAUUCUCUCCCACUGCGUUGACGAUUCCGUCGGUUCUCCUUCUCCCAUCCUCUCGGAUUCUCGGAAACCAGGUAACUUUCCGAAUCCCUCCCCUGUUUCUGUCGAUUCUUCUGCAAACCAAUCUUCUCAGCUUCGAAACGAUGAAACCGUCGAUCAUGGUAUUCUUGAAUUGGAUAACUCAUUUCUCGCGAAAGAACCGAAUGCGGAUGGAAACCCUAAGCCGAUCGAUGCUGAAAGUGGAAUUUAUCGAAAUGGUGAUGUUCUUGUAGAUGGGGCAUUGUUAGGGCAGACAGCGCACAAGCCCGUUGAUGAGGACAAGGUUGAAUUCAAGAACUUGUUGAUGGAGAAAGAUCUCAUUGUGGAUGGGAAAUGUAGAUUGGUGGAUACCCAGAAUGUGGUUUCUUGUGAUAGGGAAUUAGGUCAUGUGGCACGCCUAGAAGAGAAUGAUGAAUUUGUCAUUGGAGAUAAUCUCAAAUUAAAGAAAUUAUCGACAGAGGAAGUCACAAUGGCCGAAGAAUUUGUUCAUCAUGACAAUCACAAGCUCUCAAUCUUGCUGGUUCAGGAUGACCCAAUUGUGGAGGAAGCCCCAAAAAGUAGUGGCCAAGAUGGACGUCUUGGUCCGGAACAUAUUGGCAUGGAAGCAUUAGCCAAAGAAGUGCAGCAAGAAGCUAACCGUGAAUUCGGAUCUGUGGAUUCAGCGUUGUUGGAUGCCCAAAAUGGAAUCUUUCCAGAACAGAUCAUUGGGGAAGAACUAGGCCACCAUCAUAUGCAGCAAGAAGGGCAAAAUCUGGAGGCUUUAGUUUCUUCUGAUUCCAUUGCUGAUUCAGUUAGUCCAAUCAGUCACCGAGACAUUGAAGAAGGGGAAAUUCCUGAUGAUUUAGGGGUUCCUAAACAGCUGUUGGAUUCAGUUCCUGAAGAACACGUUGGGGUUUUUGAGGACAGGAAGGUAGAAGAAGGGUUGGCUUCUGAUGGUUUGGCUCACACGUGUAAGGAACAAUUAGGAGUUGAUAGAAAAGAUAUGGCUUCUGGUUCCCACCGUUCCAGUGGCUUUGAUUCUAGUGGAAAUUGCUUGGGAGCAAAAACCAAUGCUAGGAAAGGCAUAAGGGGGGAGGAUAAGGCCAAUGUUCCAGGUAACAGCAAAACCAUUAAAGUAAAAUGUUCAUUUGGGGUUGAUCACAUGCAAACACUUGGAGAAAUGAAAGUGAUAGGUAAUAAACCUGAGGAGGAUGCCCGGGGUCAAGUAGUUACUCUUGAUAGUUUAGGAUCGGCCAGGGAGGUUACGGAGAAAAUCAGUUCUCAAUGUCAAGGAAUGGAAUCUUCCGUGAAGGACACUAAAGUUCGUGAGAAGAAAAAACGAGCCCCUUUAAAUGAGGCAAGGAAGGCCAAAAAGAAGGAGUCAAAAAAACGGAAACGAGCAAAAAUGAACCGAGAGCAAGGGGUUAAGAGGUUGAAACUGCAGCCUUUUACAAAGCCAAAAGUUGUGAUUGAUUGUGUGCACUAUUUGAGGGGAAGAUGCCAGCAGGGUGAGAAGUGCAAAUUUUCACAUGAUGCUAUUCCCUUGACAAAAUCCCAGCCAUGCAGACAUUUUGCAUCCCAAUCGUGCUUGAAAGGGGAGGACUGUCCCUUUGAUCAUCAGCUCUCUAAGUACCCAUGUAUCAAUUUCAACUUGAAAGGCAUGUGCAGAAGAGGAGAUACAUGCUUGUUUUCACAUAAGAUACCACUCAGUGAAGGUUUCUCAUGGGCAUCAAAGGUCAGGAGUCCCGAGUCUCUGCUGCCACUGGAGAAGACAAAUAUACGGAAACCAAUGAAUGCUAAUGACAACUCUCCUCUGUCUGUCAACCGCUUGUUCAAAGAUCCAACUCCUACUACACCAUUUUCCUUGGAAAGCUAUCUUCACAGCCACCCAAAGGAGCCUGUGGCACAGACACAGCCAAAACCACCUGCAAAGGCACCCAAAGGCGUACAGUUUCUUUCAUUUGGGAAAGCGCCAUUAGAUGACACCAAUAAGGAGUUGCGACUAGAACAAAACAACAUUGAAAUACCCAAGACACAGAAGCAAACUGCAUCAGACAAGCUUCAAAACUCGAAUGAGAUGCCAUGCAAAUUACCUGGGUCUGCUUUGUCAUCAGGUGCUGAGAACAAGAACCCUCCGAUUUCAUCACCAAAGGAAUGUUUCCCCACACCAGCUUCUGCUGGAAAGUAUGGGUCUGACACGGGGACUUGUAGAUUUUUCCAGUCCCCUUUAGAUGUCAGUGCCAAGAAAGCUCCAGGGACUGGUAGUUUCAGCAGUGGAUUGGCUACAACAAAGCCACCUUGUGGUGGAGGGUCCCAGACCAGAUCAAUGGAUGCUUCUAAGAUUUUGGAAGAGUUCUUACUCGGCGGCUGCAUGCAGUGAGGAGAAACUGUAACAUAUCCUUUUCUUUUCCUUUCCUUUCUUUUCUUCUCUCCUUUUUCCUGUUAAUAUCUAUCCUUUGUAAUCAAAGCAAUUGCAGUCUUGCAUUCAACAUACGGGCAGUGAUAGCACUUGCCGAAAGAUGGUAUCUUGAUUGGGCAA